AUGCAUCUAUUUUAUAGAAAAGAAUUUAAAAUGGUUCUAGAUACCCUAUUAAAACUAACAAAUGAUAAUUUAAAAUCAUGUAUUUCUUCUAUUCAACCAUUAUUUACUCAACCAUUUAAUAAAAGCAAUAUUCCUUUUUGUUUGUUCCCACCAAGCAGUGUAGGUGCUUACCUUCUAGAUUAUGAUUUAGUUCAAACAGAAUUAGAAAUAUUAUUUAGUAUGUUACAAGAAGAUAGAACAUUACCAUUUAAUUCUUUAAUGGAAAAAGCAGAAGAAGUAAAGCAUAUUUUACCAUGUGCUAAUCAAAUUUGUCGUUUAGCAUUGACUUCUCUUGUAACAGUCGCAUCAAACGAAAGAUUUUUAGUAAACUAA